AUGAUAAUCAGGCAUAGAUUGACCAUUUUACUCUGCAUCGCAGUACUUGGACUUUUCAGUGUUGCGAAUGCGAGUACUGGAGAUCGAUUGCCUGAAUUUAAACAAUGUGUUGAGGUCUGUCAACGAGAGAAUUGCGACAAUCAAGUUGGAGGCGGUACAAAAAUUCCACUCCUCCAUCGACUUCUCUUCUGGACUUGCCCAGCCGAAUGUGAUUAUACCUGUCAGCAUAUAAUUACCGACUCGCGCGUUAAAUCCUCACAGCCCAUUGUUCAAUUCCAUGGGAAAUGGCCGUUCUAUCGUUUCCUCGGCAUGCAAGAGCCUUUCUCCGUCCUCUUUUCACUCUUCAACUUCAUGGCCCAUCAUAACGGACUUGCAAGAGUAACUGCACAGAUUCCCGAAGAUUAUAGUAUGCGAAAAUACUAUGUCAUGCUAUCAUAUGCAGGAAUGAUGAGUUGGGUGGCCAGUAUGGUAUUCCACACAAGGGAUUUUGCUUUCACAGAACAAAUGGAUUAUUUUGCGGCAGGAGGAAGUGUCUUGUACGGCAUGUACUAUACUCCGAUUCGAAUCUUCCGUAUGGAUCGUGGUGGAAAACGCACAAAGUCUAUAUUACGUGCCUGGACUCUCCUAUGCAUACUCUGCUAUAUUGCACAUGUUGUUUAUUUGAAGUGGUGGGAUUGGGAUUAUACUUACAACAUGGCUGCAAAUGUUGUAGUUGGAGUAAUACAAAAUUCUCUAUGGAGUUGGUUCUCAUUCGAAAAAUACAGGAAGAGUAAGAGAGCAUGGGCAGCAUGGCCAGGGUUAGUAGUUGCGUGGAUUUUUAUGGCAAUGAGUUUGGAGUUGGUGGAUUUCCCACCUUGGUUAGGAUGUUUGGAUGCACAUAGUUUGUGGCAUUUGGGGACGGUGGCUCCAACUAUGAUUUUCUAUAGUUUCUUGAUCAAGGAUGCCCAAGACGAUAUAGCUGGACAAAGAUUAAAGGCUUAGACUAUACAUGAAGUGAGGUGGGCAAUCAUGGAAUGGCUGGGAGGGGUUUGAGAAAGAGGCUUAAUGUCAAAAUAAUAGUACUGGAACAUAUCUGAGAUCUUUUCCCUACAGACGCGGGAGCUAAGAUGGCGCUAGAAGCCGAGGAAGAGUCGUCGGUGAGUCGUCACCCGUGUGGCGGUGAGGUUAUGAUAGUAACAUCGCGAAUCUUCAAAUCUCCGUACUGUUCUGCAUGAAAGACAUCCUGAAUCAUGCUAGGCUGUUCGCAAAGGGUAGCAUAGACUUGGGUUCAUUCGGAUGCCAAAAUGUGAAUGUUCAGAGCGGUAUUUCAAAAUGAUCGCCCCAAGUUAGGUGGAACAAUAGGGGUUCAACGUUGAAGAUUGAGUUGAAGAUCGAAACUCGAUGUCUCAGGCUGAACGGCAAAACGGAAUCUUAACGUUCAAGACUGGAUGGAACAAUGAAGGAAGGGUGAAUGUUCAAAAUGUGUUGGGCAAUCAAGGCUUGAUCCCUUGAGAUCUGAUCCCCAACUUUCCGUCGCGCAUCCAAAAAACUAGAUACACUCCCAACAUCUACAUCGAAGUUGUGAUUUUACAUACACAACAGAGAUGUCUAGAAGGUCUCAUUUCGUCAGUGAUAUCGAGUUCAGUUCAGACGAGAUAUAACUUUCCAGAGUGAGCCUGGCAGAAAGUGGCGGAGAUCACAAGUAGAAAGCUUCAUGUGAAGAGGUCAAGCCAAUUCCGUCCAAUACAGUAGGAAGGAUAAUGUAAUCGAUACCUUUCCGCCCCUGAUUAUUCAAGCAAAGCAUCAAGAUAACAAAAAAUCACAAUCUCAAUAAUACUUCAAAGUUCACGCACGUAUUCAUAUAGUAAAGAGUAUGUUGUAAAUGAGUC